GCCCAACGCGGGCUGGGGGGAGACGGCCUUGCGGCUCUUCGAGGAGAUGCAGGAGCGAGGGAUGGAGGCGCCGGCGCAGGUCUACCGGGCCUUAGUCCAGGCGUGUGGGAACGACGUCGUCCCCGAGGGCAGGGCGCCAACGCCUUCGGGGCCUUCGGGGGCCUCGGACACGUCGGCGGCAAUGCGAGCGUCCACCCCCCCGGCCCCGCGACGGCCCAUGACCACGGCCCGGGUCUGGUCCCUCCUCCAAGCCUGCCCGCCCGCGCACCGGAACAACUUCGUCUACACGGCGGCCGCCAAGGCCUGCGAGCGGGGCCGGGACUGGGGCAUGGCCCUCCGGCUCGUGGAGGACAUGCGCCGGCUCGGUAUCGAACCCGACGACAUUACGCACGGGCAGCUUUUGCACGUCCUCGCCUCCAUGGGCCGGUGGGAGGAGGCCUUGGGAGUGCUCGCCUCCAUCCGGCGCCGGAACGUCCGGCACUACACCUCCGCAAUCCGGGCCUGCGGGUUGGCCGGGGGGGCAGCCGCGCGGGAGGGGAUGCCUCUGUACGUGAGGAUGAGGGAAGAGGGCCUCGUGCCCGACCUGUACGUCUACAAUGUGGUUCUCCAGGCGUUGCGGGCCGCGGAUUGUGACUUGCCCGGGAACGGGCAGCCUCUUUCCUCCCCGUCCUCACCCCCUUCCUCCCCCUCUUCCUCGACUUCGGUCGCCGACGACGCCCUGGCCCUCUACGAGGAGAUGUGCGGCAAUUCCCCCGCUAAGUACGCCGCGGGGACCCUGUCUUUUGGGAAAAAUAACAGACGCGGGCAGCAGCUCCCACGCUCUCUCCCGCCCCCGCCCCCCGUGACCCCAGACAUCGUCAGCUUCACCGUCCUCAUCUCCAUCCUUGAGAGGCACGGGCGACACGCGCAGGCACUGCGGGUUUUUCAGGACGGGGUCCGUGCCCAGGUGCUCAUGACCACGCCCCUCGACACCCUGUGGGAGAAAGACCUGUCCCGACUCUCGUUCCAACUCGUGCGCGCUGCAGUGGACUUCUCCGUGGGCGAGUUGGUAGCGGACUUCCGGCAUCAGUUGAAGGCGGCAGCGGGGACCAAGGACCCCGACGUGCAGGACCUGGUCUUGAUCACGGGCUCGGACGUCCGGGGAGCGCGAGGAGCGGGCGGUGGACCCAGGCAAGAUGGGAUGGGGAAGGAAAGAAUGGGAGCGGCGCACGGACAGGUGCCAGAGACGCGGCAAGCUUUGGCGCGCUUGGUUUUGUCAGAGAAGGGAUUAAUACCCGCAGAUGAGGAGUCGAGAAAACCAGGUGUCCUUACAGUGCCAGCCAAUGUCAUGCGGCAGUGGCUUUGCAAGCAAUAGUCAGGUAUAUAGAUGCGGGCGCAUGAACGAUGGCAAUAAAGUAAAAUAACCGUGCGGACAAGAGGAUCGAUAUUCACACGUAUAUGAAAGGCGUUUCCGCGGUUUUGAAUGGCA